AUGUCACCUCUCACAGUGUACCAGGCAUGUGAUAGCCAGUACACCAAGGGAAGAGCAUACUACAGAGACAGGCUCUUGAAGUCCCCCCAUCACCAAGUACUAGAGAGCAACAAGCAGAUUCUGCUUGUCAUCGACAGAGAUGCCGAUGACUUGGACAGAAUGAUCUACAGAAGAGGAAAUGUGGUGCCUGCAGAUGAAAUGUUGGACUCCAUUAAACCCUCGUCCAUAAAGAUCCCAGUCAAGUUCAGAGACGAGUUUCCGGAAGGCCACAACCUCCCACCCUCAGAACUCCUCAAGGUGCUACAUCACUACGCAGCAAAGAAGUUCAGUGACGAGCCCCUAAUGGCAAGAAGGUUCGACGAAACUGCCUUGCUUGCAAUGGGAAUGUUGGUGGAACAAUGGGUAGACGAAGUAGUGGAUGAAAAGGCAGUGAAACUCUAUCUGGCAUUUGACGAGACCAAAGUCAUGAAGGAGGCGACUGGUCAAACGGAUCUGGACGACCAGGCUGGCGAGACUGACGAGAACAUAGAACAGGAGGAUGUGUCUUCUGAGAAUGAGGAUUCUGAAUAG